UAAUCACUUCAUUUUAUGCUUUAGGUGACCCAAUGAAAGAAGAAAAUGAAAGCCUUAAAGAAAAGUCUUACAGAACAAGAAUAUCUAUACCUGGACUUUUCUCACCAAACAGAAGGAUCUAUCUUUCCUCUUCAUACAUCUGUAACUUUAUUUUUGUUAUCAUACUGUGACUGCAAAAUAUUUAAAGUUUGCUUAGUUCUCACCAAAGAAAGUACAGAUAGUUCACUAAGAGAUGUACUAACCCAGGAUGUUGAAAUACAAUUUAUUUCAAAGCAAGAGCUUCCACCAAUAGUCCAGAAUUGCUGUUUACCUGCGGUAGUAGAACGACCAGACAACUUUUGUAGAGCAGGACUUGCUGUUGUACUAAGACAUAUAAUCCAGAAAUCAUAUGAAGCAGAUCCCACAAAAAAGGAAAUUUUGGAACUUCUUGGUUUUAAAAAGACUUGCUUGAAAGCCUGUGCUGAAGUUAGUCAAUGGACCAGGUUAUGUGAACUCACCAUUCCUUUGGCUAUUGAGAAUUUUCUCAGAGAGUCUUCUGACCAGCUCCCAACUAUCCCUGUAGAAAUACUACAGCUAGAGAAAAAGCUUAAUGAGCCUGUUAGAGUGCAUAAUGAUGAUAAACUCCGCAGGCAGAAGCUGAAACAACAGAAGGCCACUGGCAUUGGGCCUCCCUUUACUAAAGGAAAAGCAAAGAGCAAGGUCUCUACACAGGAAACAUCUGAAGAGUUCGACUGUUCAUCCAAGAAUCUGGAACUGAAAGUGGCAUUCUCAAAGCUCACAGUGCAGGAAGAACCAGCUACUACCAACAGGGAACCUUCUCACAUCAGAAAAGCCAAAGUAUCUGACCUUCCACCUCUGGAGCAUGUGUUUGCAGAAGGGCUUUACUUCACUUUGGCGGAUAUUGUGCUCUUGCCCUGUAUCCAUCAUUUUUUGGUAAUUAUCUGCAAUAAAUUUUCUGAGAAGUUGGUAGAAUUUCCACUGUUAAUGUCUUGGUACCAGAGGAUUCAGGAAGUGCCAAGAGUAAAAAUAGCAGCUUCAAAGUGUGGGAUCCAAUUUCUCCAUUUACCAGAUUUGACAACUUCAAAUGAACAGCAUCCAAACUUAAAUGAAGUCCCAGGUGUAGAAGAACAGAAUAACCCUUUAUUUAUAGGUGGACCAAGACCAACUAUGACCAAGUUAAUGGCAAAAGGCAUCGAAGUGAUGUUUUCUCCCCACCCUUGCCCUACCUGGACCCUUGAUUGGAAUGGUCUCCCUGCAGCAGUGAACCCAAAGGAAGGUGAGUUUCCUUUUUAA